UAUCCAUGACCAGGUCUGGUUAAAUUUUUUGAGGCUUUGGGAUUUUUUGAGGCUUUGGGAUAAAGCUUUAAUUUAAUAUUUUCGAAACAUUUAUUAACUUUUAAUUUUUUUAGAAAUUCUUUUAUUCUCUUAAUUAUAAAUUCACUUCCAAAUGACCAGCAAAAAUAAUCAAAACAAUUUUUCAAUUGACAAUCUUCUAUCGAGUAUGGUUGCAACUCCCCAACCCCAUUUCCCAAUUUGUUGGCCAGCACUUCCAAAUCCUUCUCUAAUUCAAUUACCUCCUUGUUUCCCUUUUGCUCCUUGGCCACCACCUCCGCCAGCUCCAAUGGCUUUAAUUCCAUUUUGGCCAUCUCCAGGAAAUCCACAAAAUUUUCCAUUCAAUCACCAAAACAAUGGAGGAGGAGGAAAUUCUUCUUUACCUUUAUCUCCUUUGAAUAGUCCAUCUUUUGAUAAUUCUGUUACUGGAAGGAGACAUACUACAGCAAACAGCAACAACAGUAAUGUAUCAGAAAAUUCUCCAAAAAUCGAAAAUAAAUCUAAAAAUGAAGAAACACCGCCAAAGAAAAAGCUCAAAAUGCAACAAAAACAAUCAAAUAACGACAAAAUUACUGAUAUAUUUAAUAACCCAAUUUGUCCAAUAUUUCCUGUUACAACAAUGGGAGGAGAUUCUGCCAAUUUCUUUGGUUUUGGGAAUACUCCUUUCAUUUGGCCCAAAUGCCCUCCAAAGAAUAUAGCUAUACUUCAACACUUUUUAGUUUAUCUCCUCUACUAUUUUUUGAUCGGAUUUUCUUACUAA